UUUGUUUACAUUUUAUCUCGAACGAUAGAAAACUGAGAAAAUGUUCUUCGCGAGACGCAUUUUACCAUUUCUUUCACAAAAUACUCCCGCUCUAAGGCUUACUACCCGGUGUCUAUCUUGUGAAUCAAAACCUGCACCAUGGCCACGAAGAGUGUUUUCCGGUGUGCAACCGACUGGUGCUCUACAUAUUGGCAACUAUCUGGGGGCAGUGAAACGAUGGGUUGAACUGCAAGAGGCCGGAGAAGAUGUUACGUACUGCAUCGUUGAUUUACACUCCAUGACCAUUCCACCGGAAGCAGAAACGUUACGUCAUAAUACGCUGCAAAUGACUGCGACCUUGUUGGCCUGCGGUAUUGAUCCGGCACGUGCAACACUGUUUCUACAGUCAGCCGUUCCACAGCAUGCAGAACUCUCCUGGAUUCUCGGUUGCCUUACCACGAUGGCUCGCCUAACGCAUCUUCCGCAGUAUAAGGAAAAGUCAGCCAACAUGAAAGAAAUUCCCUUGGGACUGUAUCUGUAUCCCGUGCUGCAAGCGGCUGAUAUUAUGCUGUACAAAGCGACCCACGUCCCUGUCGGUGAGGAUCAAAUUCAGCAGCUACAGCUUGCACAAUCGCUGGCACGCGCAUUUAACAAUAAGUAUGGCAGAACGUUUCCAUCCUGCGAGACGCUCGUAAACGAUGGUAGCCGGCUAAAGUCGCUACGGGAUCCUUCGAAAAAGAUGUCCAAGUCUGAUCCCGAUCCAAAGAGCUGCAUUAUGCUGAUCGAUUCGGCGGACAUGGUGCUGGAGAAGGUGAAGAAAUCGGUAACGGAUUUCAAGUCGGAGGUAACGUUCAAUCCCGAGGAACGACCGGGUGUGUCUAACCUUAUCACCAUCCAUUCGCUCGUGAGUGGAAAAACUCCGGACGAGAUAUGUCGGGAAGCGGAGGGCAAAAAUACUGGCCAGUAUAAGUUGAUGGUAGCGGACGCAUUGAUCGAACAUUUGCGACCGAUCCGAGAGCGUAUGGAACGGUACACACAGGAUGUGGGCUUUCUAGCGAGCGUUAUCGAGGAAGGUAGUGAACGGGCAAGAACGAUAGCGGAACAAACGAUUGACGAGGUGAAGGCAAAAAUAGGUGUUGACUGUUUUAACGUGAAGCGGUUACAAAGAACCAUGCGACAUGAGAAUAAAUAUUAGUUCAAAAACAAA